CGGAUAAAGAUAAUAUAUAUGUGACUUAGUCCCCAAAUAAAUUGCAGGUAAAAGUGGAAGUAGUUCGAGUGAGACGAAUCAGAAGAAGCGUUGAAUCAUGGCUGACCUUUGGCCUUCAGACAUUUUUAACACAGUUCACCACCAACUACUCCUUUCGUCAAUGGUUCAACGACCACUGAUUUCAUUAUUGGCCCGCCCACUGUAUCAGUUGGACUGAUAACAAAUACUGGUAGUAUUUCAGUCUUCAAAAUUCAUCAUUUUCCUUGUUACUCUUCUCUGUUACAUUGUGUUGCAUUCCAGUUACGUCCUCACUUUGUCAUACUCUUUACCGAACCAUAGCAGAGGGAAGGUUUGCUUCACCUUUCCUCAGAUCCCAUUACAGAUAGUGUACCCACAGCACCCUGCCCCAUCAUUGUACAUUGGUAGAUCUGCAUCCACCGUUAUAUAAACCAUUCACUACAGCCCUUCUCUCCUGCAGCAUACCAGAUUCCCAACUACCUAACACAUAGGAUGGUACCACUAACUAUUGGGUAAUCUGUCCUCAAUCCCUUACUAUGCAUCUUGAAGCGGUAAACUUUGGCACCUAUCCAAGUCCUGAAAGUAUUAAUUUAGACAGGAAGCGGUUGAUUGGUUGGUUGGUGGGUUUGGUUAGUUUGGUUGCUUUGGUUAUUUUCGUUAGUUUGGUUGGUUGGUUGUUGGUUGAUGUGUGGUUUGGAGUGGAGAGAUUAGACAAGGAAGGUACUACCAAGCAAUCGUUGGAAGAGGUUUGCGUUUUCAUCCUUGUGAAGGUAGUACUUUGCAGUUCAGCUUUUAGCCACGUGGUGGUUCCAGGCUCGUUCCGGUGUUUCAGAUGGUAACACAGGAGCAGGUUCUUGCUGCACCGAAGAUAAAUGUACGACGUUUUGUUGAAAUUAUCACCUCACCUAUAUUUCCGGAGCAGGAAUCUAAAGAAUGGGUGCUGCAACAUCAGAAUUUCGCCAUUCAGGCGUGCUUUGCUUACUUCUUUGUAAUAUUUGGAAUAAAAUAUGUUGUCAUGCGAAAUCGGUCACCUUUUGAUUUAACACUGCCACUGAAUAUUUGGAAUGCUCUUCUCGCAUUGUUCAGCAUUAUGGGGACUGUUAUGCUUUUCCCAGAAUUUAUUGGAACUAUUCAGAAUAAUGGCUUUCAAGCUUCGUACUGCAAAGUUUAUGGCUUCACCAAGGGGUCGAAUGGUUUCUGGGGUUGGCUAUUCAUUGUUUCAAAGUUAUUUGAAUUGGCUGAUACCGUAUUCCUAGUUUUGCGAAAGAAGCCACUCAUGUUUCUUCACUGGUACCACCACAUCCUUACACUCAUUUAUGCUUUUUACUCGUAUCCGCAUACUCCUGGAUUCAACCGUUGGGGCAUUUUCAUGAAUUUUUUCGUACAUGCGUUCAUGUACAGCUACUAUUUCUUGUGUUCCAUGAAAAUGCGGAUUCCACGUGGUGUCGCCAUGUUCAUAACAUCGCUUCAAAUCCUUCAAUUUGUACUCAGUGUUUUGAUACUUGCACACCUUGGAAUAUUAAUUUAUGUCAGGAAGGUAGACUGUGAUUUCGAUGACAGCAUAUUCAAAUUGGCACUCUUCAUGGAUGUUACCUAUUUGAUUCUUUUCGUCAACUUUUUCUGCAAAGCUUAUGUGUUCGGUGGUGGUAAAUCGAAAUAUAAAAUUGAAAAAAAGAAACAGUAAAGGGAUGGCUGCGUUGCAUGUGAACUGAUGAAUCCUUUGAACUAACCACUAUUUUUUUAACACUCAAGUAUCAAUCUCUGCGCAAACUGUUAGGAAAAAUUAUUGAUUACAUUAGAUAUUAGUUGCCCUGAUAUUGCUGUUCUUCUAUAAUAUUGCUGUGUGAUUAUUUGUUAAUUUCUUUUUCGUUUGCAGCUGUUCAUUUUAUUUGAACGUUCGUUCAUAUUGUACUUCUACAUCCUACAGGUAUUUGAUACAAACAGGGUAUAUGGUAUGAUACGUUGAUUCCGUUCGUUAUUAUUUUAGAGUAUUGUAGCCAAAGGUCGUUCGAAAUACGGCCACAAACUGGCUUCGAAGAUCGUCAUUUCUUUGUUAUCAUUUCUUUUUACCAUUAUUUUCCUUUUGAAAUUCGAUACGAUUUGUAGUCAGACUUGCAAAAAAAAAAAAUCAUUUUGAUACGAAAAUCACAUAUAUUUUCAAUUGAUGAAUGAAAAAAGUGGG